AUGCCUGACCGUCGGUGGCUUCGACUGAAGGCGAAGCUCUGGCGGCGAUCGUCGACAUCCUCCGUUCCGGCCGCCGCCACCACCACCGAUGGAUCUGCUGGCGGUUAUCCUCCGACCCCAUCGUCUCUUCCUUCCGAUUUUCCCCAUCGAGACAACCACGUCAAUCCUGUCAACCGCAACGGACAGCUGCAGGACCCAUCGGCUAACGUUUCUCCGUCCGCCGAUCACCAGACAGCCCGCCGCGCACACUCCUGCCAGACUCUGUCUCGACCUUCUCCCGACGACGGCCGUCCUCCCAGCCACCCGGUCGCUUCGGAGCACGGUGAUUCCUUAGCUUCUGCCGCUGUGGGCGACAUUUCCCGCUCACCGGUCCCGACUUCCAGCCGAGGACAACUCGACGGUCCUCUCGACGACACUCCAUCCGCAAAGCCCGGACCAGAAGAUACGGUCGAAGAGCAGCGCGACGAGAAUCGACCGUCGGCCAUUCAGCAAACGGGCGCUGCAUCCUCCAGUGCACCCCGACUCCCGCUGCAGCGCAAGCCUGUCGCUCGCACCUCAUCAUCCAGCAAACGUCCCAACUCGAGCCUGUGUUCUGAGCACGGUCACCCCCCACCAGAAACGAGUCUCGCUCCCGAUCGCCUACCCUCGCCGACACCAACCCCUUCCCCUCCAAGUGCCGGUCGCGCCAACGCCCCGUCUUUCCAGCUUUCUUUCAACAGUCUGGGCCUAGAACGCCUGGGGUCUGCGGUUGUUGAACCCCAAUUACCCGUCUUAGAUGCAGUUGCGGAAAAUCCACCCGGAGAAUCCACAACCUACCAGGUAGUGACUUCAACCACACCCGCACCGUUCCCAAAGCGCCCAAGUCUUGGUUCCCGCCGUCAGUCAUUGCUUGCGCCGUCGCACCAACACCUGAUUAACAGCUUGCUGGAUCCUGGGCCCACGGGCGAACCAGACGGAUUUGACAACGGUCGCUUCAAUACGUACGGCACAGGUAUGGCCCGCAAGAUCUGGGUCAAACGGCCAGGUGGGUCGGCCACUCUGGUCCCCAUCACGGAUGACUUCGUGGUGGACGAGCUGCGAGACCAGGUGAUCAACAAGUAUGCCAAUUCUCUGGGCAAGACUUUCGAUGCGCCCGAUAUCGUCGUCCGGAUCUCACCACGAGAGGGCUCCAAUCGACAAACAACACCCGAUCGGAUCCUGAGCCCAGAGGAGUCAUUGAUGAACGUGGUGGAUACCUACUAUCCCGGAGGACAAGUCAUUGAGGAGGCUCUUAUUAUCGACAUUCCUCAGCGACGCACACCCAAACCGUCCCCGCGCCCUCAAGCCUACUAUAACCAGUCCGAGCCAGGCGAGCAUGGCGACUACUUCCCUCUCAUGCCAGCAAAUCCCACUGUUCCCACACCGCCAUCACACCCAAACAACUCCUCUGCCAGUGUCAACGCCCAUCCCGCCCCGUCAAUAUCAAUCCUCACCACAGGUAUGGCCCCGCCACUGCCUUCGCCGGGCAGUCGCGGGAGUCGACACCCGCGUCGACCGCCACUCACUCGCCAUACUACAAAUUCUCCUACGAUGCUAGGCCAGGUGACGGCCCCGAAAGACCCCAACGGUGUCCCAGGACCGCUAUCGUCCCAGCCGGUGCCUUCCAUUCCCACUCCGCCCGGUCCUCCCCCGGAGUCGCCUCAGGCCAAGUCGCUUACACCUCCUGCACGUGGAGCUUCUCCGCGGCCCCGUCCGUCUGCGUCGUCCACCAAGCCGAAGAAACCGAGUGUGACACAGUCAUUGAGUGGAGCCUUUGGUGGUCUCAUUGAGGGCACAGUGCCACCGAUCAACGUGCUGAUCGUUGAGGACAAUAACAUCAAUCAAAGGCUCUUGGAGGCGUUCAUGAAGCGUCUGAGUGUGCGUUGGAAGUGCGCUGCAAACGGCGCAGAGGCCGUGAAGAAAUGGCGACAGGGCGGUUUCCACUUGGUAUUGAUGGAUAUUCAAUUGCCCGUCAUGAAUGGAUUGGAUGCAACGAAGGAGAUUCGGCGACUAGAGCGGCUGAACGGCAUCGGCGUGUUCCCCAAAACCGCCGAUGGACGGGCUAGUGCGGCCACGGCCAGUGUGACCUCCCCGCCAGCCGUUGCAGGCAACAGUGAUCCCUUGAAUGAAGAAGACACGUUACAUGACUUGUCUCUUUUCAAAAGCCCGGUCAUUAUUGUGGCAUUGACGGCGAGCAGCUUGCAGAGUGAUCGUCAUGAAGCCCUGGCGGCUGGCUGCAAUGAUUUCUUGACCAAGCCUGUGCGAUUCGAGUGGUUGCAGCAGAAGGUUACGGAAUGGGGAUGCAUGCAAGCUCUGAUCGACUUCGAGGGCUGGCGCAAGUGGCGUGGCUACGCCAAUGAUACCUACUACUUUCCACCGGGUGAAGGCCAUACAAGCCCCAUGCAGACCGGAACCGAGACCGCGUCGAAGAAACCGUCCCCGAGUAUCACUCCCUCACCGUCGUCGAUGCCCAGUCAAAAUGGCAAGAAGGAGCGCAAGGCCCUCCAUCUGCCUAAACCCAUUGAUGUGACCCCCGAAGAUUCUUCUGGAAGUGGGAGUGGAGAGGGACUGGAUUCGCCAAGCAGCCCGGUGACAUCUGUCCCAGUCCCAGGAAUCCCAGCCGAUGCAGACGCACUCUAA